AUGGAAAUAUCUAAAGAAGAUAAAGGAAAACCUGUCGUUAAAGCUUUAGAUAUGACAGAGGAAAUGGAAAACGAUGCCUACGAAGUAGCAAAAAAGGCUUUAGAAAAGUUUUCUAUUGAAAAAGAUAUGGCUUAGUAUAUAAAAUUAGAAUUUGAUAGAUUAUAUUCUACUAGUUGGCACUGCAUAGUUGGAAAAUAGUUUGGUUCUUACGUUUCUCAUGAUUCUAAGCAUUACAUAUAUUUUUAUAUUGGAGAAAUGUCCUUUUUAUUAUACAAAUUUGGAUGA